AUGUGUACAGUGGCCAUAAAUUGUCAAUGUCAUUAUGUCAACGUCAACGAGGUUGUGCUGGCUGUACCCGACCCGGUGUCGGCGAUUGUUGUUAAUGUUGUUAUGAUGUUAGAACCACAAAGUAAUAAUGAUUGGAUGGAUUGGACAAUACUUGAUUACUUAAAUGAAGAUUGCUGGCAUGCUGUGCUGCAAUAUGUGCCCAUCCUGGACCUCAUUCAUACUGAGAGCACUAGCAGACAAUGGCAGAAAAUGGUCCUGCAGUACUUACAAGGAAUUCAUAUAAGUAUAUUAGAAAAAAAAUAUAAAUUCAAAAGGGCUAAUCGUAAUGCUCGUGUGUUGGAACUAUCUCACUCUAGUUAUGACCUUGACUUCAAGUCAUUUAAUAUGUGGAUCAAGAAAGUUGGGCCGCCCGUCGUGGCCACUUACUGUGACAAUGUGGAAACAUUAAUACUAAUUAGAGAAAACUGUCCUAAUUUAGAAAGCCUGACUUUGAACAGCUUGCAUAACCGAUGUAGCUGCUGUGGUUUAUUGGAUAGUUUCCCGUACAACCUGAACAUGGACUUCAGGUGCUUGCGAGGGCUGUACUUCACUUCAUGUAAUGUGUCGGACCACUGUGUUUCUCAUUUUAUAGCAGAUAAAGCUGUAGAAGAACUAGAAUUUAACAAUUGUAACAUAAUGACAGGGGAUUUUUUCAAUACUAUAGACUUGUCAAACUUGAGAGCUCUUCUCUUAGAAAAUUGUGACGAUUUAGAGGCUGAGCACUUGCUUUCUGCAGUCGAGUAUCUUGGCAACCUGGAAAAGUUAGUCCUUAACCAUAUGUGUGCCGACAUAUACAAAGGAGUUCAAGGAAUUCUGGAUAAGAUGCCCAAAUUGGAAUAUCUAAUAAUAUAUGAUGAGAAAGACUCAUUGCCUUGCUAUGACUAUAAGCCUUUAUUAUGUUUGACUCGUUUGAAGUAUCUCCAGCUGAAUAUCCAAUUGCCCGAUGAAGCCGCGGCAGGUAUACUGCAGGGUUGCAAGGAUUUGACAACUUUGAAGUGUGACUGUUCUGAUAUGAGCGAGUCCUUCGUGACAGAGUUGCUGUGCACACGGGGCGCGCGGCUUCGCAAGCUGGAUCUGAUGAUGCUGGCCUUGGAAGACGAUGAUAUAGUGGCCAUCAUCAGCGCUUGCCCCGAGCUCACGAUGUUGGUAGUGUCGGGCGCGUGGCUGUCGCCCGCGCUGCCGGCGCGCGCGGCGGCGGCGCGGCGCGCGGUGCGGCCGGGCGUCGUGCUGCGGCUCGACCUCUCCGGGACCGGCUUGUCCGACCCGAACGAACUGGGAGAACUUUUCGGAGAUUAUGAACCGAUGAAGUUGGAGUAUGAAGAACUAAUUAUAGAAAUUUAAUUUGAAGAACGCCUACACAAUUACAAUAGAUGUCGUCACUGCAACCGCUUAUAAAACCGAAGUUUGACAGCAGUUCAGGGUCAAAUUAGUUGUCCCUUUCUAGUGUACAACACUAUCCCAUUCGACUAUUAGGGUUGUCAAAAAUCAAAUCGUUAUUAUUUCUGUGGUAACGUAAAGGAACGUCAAGAGACGGCAAAGUGAAGCAGACCGAGCAGAUGGAACUACGUAGUACCUACAGCAGCUUGUUAUCAGAAAAAAACCCUUCGAAAAAUGUAUAUAAUUUGAAAGUGGCAGCAUGCGGUUUUAGUCGCGCCAUCUCGCGUGAUACCAUGUCUUCUUAUAGGCCAUAUAAUGAGGAGGCACACUCAAAGGAUAUGACAGAUGACGCCACCUUAUUAGUCCAUUCAGAUAAAGAAUUUCAUAUGUGAGAGAAUAUUAUUUUUCUCUCUCUCACUACAGGC